ACAGGGAUUCAUUGUUCUCUUGUAAUCUAAAUUAAAAUUAGUGGCCCUCUAUAACUGUUACAUCUCAAAAUUUGGAACAGUACACAAAUUCUUUAAACUGAAAGGUAAGUCUCUUCUUUUUUCAUCUGUUUUGUAUUCUUUUGUCCGGUCUCUUUGACAGGAUCACCACCACAGCUGCCUGCAUGAUGGACCUCCGUAGAUAUCCGUUGGAUGAGCAGAACUGCACCUUGGAGAUUGAGAGUUAUGGGUACACCACAGAUGACAUCGAGUUCUAUUGGCAGGGUGGGAGCUCUGUCACGGGAGUGGACAACAUCGAGCUUCCCCAGUUCUCAAUCAUUGACUACAGAACCCUAUCGAAAAAGGUGGUGUUUGCAACAGGAUCCUACCCCCGACUAUCACUAAGUUUCAAACUGAAGAGGAACAUUGGAUACUUCAUCCUGCAGACCUACAUGCCCUCUAUCCUGAUCACAAUCCUUUCUUGGGUCUCCUUCUGGAUCAACUAUGAUGCCUCUGCUGCAAGAGUUGCUCUGGGGAUAACAACUGUGCUCACAAUGACAACCAUCAACACUCACCUGCGGGAGACUCUGCCCAAGAUCCCCUAUGUGAAGGCCAUUGACAUCUAUCUGAUGGGCUGCUUUGUCUUUGUCUUCCUGGCACUGCUGGAGUAUGCCUUUGUCAACUACAUCUUUUUCGGCCGGGGCCCACACCUUCAGAAAAAAGUUGCUGAGAAAGCGGCCAAAACCAACAAUGAGAAGAGCAGACUAGACACAAACAAAGUGCAGGUGGACGCCCAUGGCAACAUCCUUCUGACAAACCUAGGAAUUCACAAUGAGGUGGGUGGUGCUGAGAUGCUGGCUGGCUUGGGUGAUCCACGGGCUACCAUGUUUUCCUAUGACAGUGCGAGCAUCCAGUACCGCAAGCCUUUAUCCAGCCGGGACCUGUACGGCCGCCCAGCCGUCGACCAGCCGCUAGGCCGCAAGAAGGGUCGCUUACGUCGGAGGGCAUCCCAGCUCAAGGUCAAAAUUCCUGACCUCACGGACGUGAAUGCCAUUGACAAGUGGUCUCGGGUUAUCUUUCCUAUUACCUUCACUUUCUUCAAUCUAGUGUACUGGCUUUACUAUGUCCACUAGGGAUGGUUCCCUCUUUAACAUUUAUUUAUUUUUCUAUUUAUUUUGAAGCACACACACAUAUACUACUAACAUAUAUAGCUCUUAAUACAAGGUAAGAUAUUCAGCUGUAAUUUAUUUCCCACAGCAUUAUAUUUCAGUUGUAGAUGGAUUGCAGUUUUUUCCGUCACAUAAAUUUAUCACCCAAAAUAUAAAAAGUAUCACCACUCUAAUCCUUAGUCUAUACACACAUAACUGUAUCCAGGCAUAAAUCAGUUAAUGUGAACUAGAAUGGAUAAAACACAAGUGAACUUGUGAUUCAAAGUCAGACUGUGUAUAAAUUUAGAUUAAAGUAACUUGCUGAUUGAUACAUAAUGCUGUGACAUUUUUAUUGGAAAUUCAGAUUUUUGCAAUGCAAUGUCUAC